AUGGCUUCCAAGAGGACUCAACCUGCCUGGAGCGUGCCCGGCGAGGGCGUCAACAACAGCAGCAACAACAACUUGCAGAUCUUCAACUCGCUGACACGAAGCAAAAAUGACUUUUCGCCGAUUGCCGGAAAAGCUGUCACCUGGUACAACUGUGGUCCAACCGUUUACGACUCUUCACACAUGGGCCAUGCUCGCAGCUACAUAACCUUUGACAUUCUUCGCCGAGUUUUGCGUGAUUACUUUAACUAUGACGUCUUUUUUGUGCAAAACGUCACCGACAUUGAUGAUAAGAUUAUCCACCGAGCUCGACAGAAUUACCUCUAUGAAAAUUACGUCUCCCAGCUAAAGGAGAGACAAAGUGUGGUGGAUGACGCCAAGACGGCUCUUGCCCUAAUUGAGCAUAAACUGGCUGAAGAAACAGACCCUGACAAGAAAAAAAUGUACGCAAAGAUGGUGGAAAGUGCUGAUGCCGCCAUCGGUGAUGCCAACAUGAGCACUGCUGAUCUGGUUGCCAAGGUAAAGGACAUUUUAUCGGUUUGGCUGGACAAGGUCAAAGGCAAAGAGGUCUCUGACAACGACAUUUUCAUUACGUUGCCUCGCUACUUUGAAAAUGACUACAAUGAGGACAUGCUGGCUCUGAAUAUUUUACCUCCCGACUGUGUUACUCGAGUGUCCGAGUUUGUGCCCGAAAUUGUCGAGUAUGUAAAGAGCAUCAUGGACAAUCAGUAUGCCUACGAGUCCAAUGGAUCAGUGUACUUUGACACGGAAAAGUUUGCCCAGACUGAAAAGCACUUUUACGCCAAACUGGUUCCCGAAGCGUAUGGCGACAACAAGGCACUCGCCGAAGGAGAAGGCGAUCUGGGCGCUUCAGGCGAAGAGAAGCGCAGUCCCAAUGACUUUGCCCUGUGGAAGAGCUCCAAACCGGGCGAACCCUUUUGGCCCUCACCCUGGGGAAAUGGUCGUCCAGGGUGGCAUAUCGAGUGCUCAGUGAUGGCCAGUGCACUCUUUGGCGGCCAGAUGGACAUUCACUCGGGUGGUAUUGAUUUGCGAUUUCCGCAUCACGACAAUGAGAUGGCCCAGGCGGAGGCCUUUUUCAAUACCGGCAAGCCGUGGGUCAACUACUUUUUGCACUCUGGCCACCUCACCAUUUCCGGCUGCAAAAUGUCCAAAUCACUCAAGAACUUUAUUACCAUCAAGGAGGCGCUUGCAAAGAACACUGCCCGUCAGCUGAGGAUUGCCUUUUUGCUUCAUUCGUGGAAGGAUACACUUGAUUACAGCGACAAUACCAUGAGCGAAGCGGUUCAAUUUGAAAAGACGCUCAACGAAUUUUUCCUUACUGUCAAAGACAUCUUGCGGACGCACAGGCAGUUACCGGUUGAGAAAAAGAUUGUCAAGUGGGAAGAUCGCGAAAAGAGUCUCAAUCAAAAAUUCAAGGAACAUGUUCAGCUAGUUGAUCAGACUCUGCGGGACAACAUCGACACGAAGAGCGCCUGCGAGGAGAUUCGCCGACUCGUAUCUGCCUCCAAUACCUACAUUAACGAGCAAAAGGACCUGUCCAACCCCAACUUGCUGCACAGUAUUGCCGCCUACAUUACCCGUCUGCUGGACACCUUUGGUUGUGUUAGCAUUGGCGAUCCAAUUGGCUUCCCAGCUGAUGCCAGCUCAUCCUCUGGCGGCGAUCGGGAGCAGCAGGUGAUGCCCUUUAUCGACGUCAUCUCGCAGUUGCGACAGGAAAUUAGGAAAAAGGCAACGGAACUGAAAAAUGGCGACCUCUUUAAGCUGUGCGACUCAAUUCGCGACGACGUUCUGCCCAACCUGGGCGUUCGCAUGGAGGACUACAAUGCCGAGGACGGACAACUGCUGGCGCGAGUUAAGCUGGUGGAUAAGGAGAUUUUGCUUCGAGAACGCGAGGAGAAGAUACAGCUGGAGAAGGUGAAGCAACAGGAAAAGGAGGCGAAAAAGAAGGCCGCUGCGGCAAAGGUAGCAGAACCACCAGUGGCGCCCAAUCAAUUCUUUCGCAACGAGGUAAGCAAGUACUCGCAAUGGGACGAAAACGGAAUGCCCACUCACGACCAGGAGGGCAAAGAGCUGACCAAGUCAGCGCUGAAGAAGGUGGCCAAAUUGUAUGAGGCUCAGGAGAAGAAGUACAAUGCCUACUUGAAGCAGCAGUCCACAAUGCCGGCCGGUGACGCCAAGUGA